CCUAAAAAUCUGUCCGGGAAGAAAUAAAAACAAAUAGUCAUGGUGUGAUCGUGUGAUAAAACCAAGGAUUAUUUGCAUUAGCAAUCAAAUAAAUUAAACAACUUACAGUGAAAAAGAUUCAGGAAAGGGUAUUUUAUCUAACUGUGUGUUUAAUUGAGUGAAUCAAGCAAGGAAAGUGCUUGAAAAUGCCAACAAUCCUCGGUGGUGGGCUUUCCGGACUCUCAGCUGGAUACUACCUUCUGCGAAAGGGAAUACCCGGCAGUCAAAUAAAGCUCUUUGAAGCCUCUUCAAGACUCGGUGGAUGGAUUAAAUCCACCAGGAACAGGGAACACGGCAUUAUUUUUGAAUCCGGACCUCGGACAAUCCGUCCCAUUGGGGUCAAUGGAAGAAACACACUGGCCCUCCUGGAAGAUCUUCAGCUGGAAAAGCAAAUUGUGCCCAUCCUGAAGACCUCAGCUGCUGCCCAGAGGCGCCUCAUCUACGUCAACAAUCAACUGCAUGUCCUUCCAUCGAAUCUUAAGGGUUUAUUCCGGAAACAAACACCUUUCUCACGCCCUCUCAUCUCUGCCCUGCUGCAUGACAUUUCCACAGGUAAGUCCAGAGAAUCCCUCCCAGAUGAGUCAAUUUACAACUUUGCCAAGAGGAGAUUUGGCCAGGAGAUUGCAGACUAUGCCAUAAGUCCCAUGAUUUGUGGGAUUUGUGCUGGGAAUGCCAAAGAGAUCUCUGUGAAAUUCCUCAUGAAGGAUCUCUUUGCAAAAGAACAAAAGCACGGGGGAGUUGUUAAGGGACUCCUGGCCAGUACCUUUGCUCAAGGGGCCAAAAAGGCUCCUGAAGCUCCCUCGGAGCUGGCUAACAGAGCCAAAGCUGAGAAAUGGUCUAUUUACAGUCUCCAGGGAGGAUUGGAAACUCUCCCUAGGGCACUGGAAAGUCAUCUUCAGGCAGAAAAUGUCCUUACCAGAACCAAUAAAAACUGCUUUGGUAUAACAUUCCGGCCAAAUGGAGCAGAAUUGACGUUCCGGGAGGGCGUGGAGGAGGCAGAUUCUGUGAUUUCUGCUCUUCCGAGCUACAAGCUUGCAGAACUCGUCAGAAAUCAGCAUCCAGAGCUGAGUGAAAUGCUCUCUGGUAUCCCCUACGUAGACGUUGGGGUUGUCAAUGUGCACUAUUCCUCAGGAAAUGUCCUCAAAGAGCAAGGAUUCGGUUUCCUGGCGGCUCCUGCUGAAAAGAUUCCCAUCUUGGGAGUAAUUUUUGACAGUUGCUGCUUCGAUUUAGGCUCAAAUACCGUCUUGACCGUUAUGAUGGGUGGUGCCUGGUUCAGGGAAUACUUCGGAGCAACACCCACAGAGGCAGAUCUCCUGGCCACGGCACAAAAAUACUUGGAAAAAAUCCUCAAAAUCGAUCAAAAGCCAACAAGUACGAAAGUAAACAUUCUGAAAAAAUGCAUUCCUCAGUACAUUGUUGGACAUCAUGAUCGAGUAGAAGCCAUCCAGAAGUACUUGGUGAACCAGAAACUUCCACUGCAUCUCUGUGGAGCUGCCUAUGAUGGUGUUGGAAUAAAUGAUGUGAUUCUAUCAGCUAAAACAGCCGUGGAGGCUUACAAAGUUUCAUAAGAGCAUUUUUGAAAGUGAAUUUUCACAUUAAUUAAAUUUUAAUAAAGAUGGUGCAAAGACAUUACAUUUCUUUGUAAAUCCACAAAUGCAAUAAAAUAGCACGGAAAAGACACUUUUACAAGAUUAAAGAGAGGAACAUUAAUAAAAAACCUAUAAUUUCGCUAAA